AUGACGCCGACGCUCGCUGCGUCGGAUAUUUUCUUCCGUGAUGAGCAUGGACGCUCUGUGCUGUUGCGCGGGAUCAACUUUACUGGGAAUAACAAGAUGCCAUGUGGUAUACAGACCCAGGACCGCAACGCGCACCUGGAGCCGAGCGACACAUUUGUCAAUCCGUGCGUCUCGCUCGACGACGGCGCUGCGGACACGCACCUGAGGCGAAUCCGGUCGUGGGGCAUGAACUGCCUGCGCUACAUAUUUACCUGGGAGGCGAUUGAGCACGAGGGUCCCGGGAUUUACGACGAGUCGUUCCUUGCGUACACGGUUGCCGUUCUUCGCCGCGCCAAGGCGCAUGGAUUUCUCGUGAUUAUGGACCCCCACCAAGAUGUGUUCUCUCGCGCAUUAAGUGGCUCCGGUGCACCGCUCUGGACAAUUCUCGCCGCAAAUAUGGAGCCGCGCAACUUUAGCUGCACGCAUGCCGCAAUCAUCCACGCCGAGUAUCCCGACGCAGAAAACCCGAACCCCGCGAGCUCGCCGCCCAUGAUUUGGGCGUCGAACUAUGACCGGAUUGCGAGCCUGACGCUCUUUACGCUCUUCUUCGGAGGCCGCAUGUACGCGCCUAAAUGCAUCCUUGACGGGGAGAACAUCCAGGACUGGCUGCAGCGCCACUAUUUUGCCGCUGUCCAACAGCUCAUUAUGGCCGUGCGUGACGCAGGAGACCUGUUCGAUACGUGUGUCAUUGGCUGGGAUAGUUUGAACGAGCCGCACAGCGGCAUCAUCGGGUGUGCCACCUUGGAAGCGUACCCCGGCAUGCUUCGCCUUGGCUCUGCGCCCACGAUCCACGAAGGCCUCAUUCUCGGCAGUGGCCAGCCUGUGCGCGCUCCCACGUACAUAUUCACACGUAUCGGCCCGAUCAAGACGGGCAGCAAGAGGAUCGACCCGCAGGGGCGCUCAAUGUGGCUCACUCCCGAGCAGGACGCCGUCCGCGGUGCCGGCCGUUUUGGAUGGCGUCGCGAUCCCAGCUGGACGCACGGGUGUGUGUGGGAGCUGCACGGUGUGUGGGACUCGCGUACCAAGGCGCUGCUCAAACCUUCCUAUUUUGCCGCGGGCAACUUUCUCAAGGACCACUGGCUGCCGCACUGGGAGGCGUACGAGGCCAUAGUCCGUGCAUUGCAUCCUGGCGCCAUACAGAUAGUGCAGCCGCCGGUUUUCCAUGCGCCGCCCCGAGGCAUGGACACGGUGUGCGGCACGCAUGCCUGCUGCUCGGCUCACUUUUACGACGGCCUCACGCUCAUGACCAAGCACUGGAAUUGGUACGGUGUGGAUGGAUUUGGCUUGAUGCGCGACAACUACCGCCACCGCCUCUUUGCCUUCUUUUUUGGGCCGCGCGGGAUACGCAAAGCCCUGAAGCGCCAGCUCGCGUACUUGCACAAGGAUACACUCGACUACAUGGGCAACUAUCCCUUGUGGCUUGGCGAAACGGGCAUUCCUUUCGAUAUGGACCACAAAGAUGCGUACUAUAAGCACAUUGGCGACUAUACUUCCCAGGCGCGCGCAAUGAACGCAACGCUCGAUGCCGCGGACUCGACCUUGCUGAGCUACGCGAUCUGGAACUAUGCGCCGCUCCAUUCGUUUGCGUGGGGCGACGGCUGGGACGGCGAGGAUUUCAGUGUAUGGAGUCCAGACGAGGCCGCCCGCCAGCCAGCCAUGGCGCCAGCGCUCGACAAACUAGUCCGUGGCACGCGCGCAAUCGAGUCGUGGUGCAGGCCGUACGCAGUAUCCGUCCCGGGCGAGCUGCUCGAGCUCACGUUCGACAUGCGCUCCUCCUUCCUCAAGGUGUCGCUGCGCACGCCAAAGCAUGGGCUCGACACGCCCGAGGCCCUGCGCGCUGUACUCUUUUUGCCCUAUGUGCACUAUGGUGCGCCACUUCCCACUGCGACGUGGGGCACAUGGAUCAGGCGCUGGGCUCCGUGGAGUCGGCGCGGCUACAAAAGCGUCCUGCCGCGUGGCGCAAUUGACGUCAACGCACUCGAGGCACUGUCGCCCGAAGAAGAGGCGGCGCUGCGUCUCUCCUUGCGUGUCAAUGUCUCCGACGGCCAGUGGUCGGUGGAGGGGCAGUACCUGACCUGGGCCGUGGAUCCUGCGCAUACGCACCACACGAUUGCAUUGUCAAGAGCACCGGGCCCUGCAGACUAUGCGCAAUUCAUGUAG